AUGACCACGCCCUCCUCCCAGCCCUCUGGCGUCGCAACCCCGCCUUCUGCCAUCCACCACGGCGCAGGCAACCCCGCAGGCACUCCCGUCCUCGCCCCCACCCGCUCGACCCAGACAAAGGAUGGCGGGAGCAGCUUGGGUACUUUCGGGGUAAAAUCUGGUCUCGCGCAGAUGUUGAAGGGUGGUGUCAUUAUGGACGUAAUCAACGCGGACCAGGCACGUAUAGCCGAGGAGGCUGGGGCAUGCGCUGUAAUGGCUCUGGAGAGGGUCCCCGCCGACAUCCGAGCGAACGGAGGCGUUGCGCGAAUGAGCGAUCCCAAAAUGAUCAAAGAGAUUGUCGACGCGGUCACAAUCCCGGUCAUGGCGAAGGUCCGCAUAGGCCACUUUGUCGAGGCCCAGAUCCUGCAAGCUAUUGGAAUCGAUUACAUCGACGAAUCCGAGGUAUUGACGCCGGCGGAUGAAGAGCACCAUAUCAACAAGCACGCCUUCAAGAUUCCCUUCGUCUGCGGUGCACGCAACCUCGGCGAAGCCCUUCGGCGCAUCUCUGAAGGCGCUGCAUUCAUCCGCACCAAGGGUGAGGCAGGUACUGGGAACGUCGUCGAAGCCGUACGCCACCAGCGCGCGGUGAUGAGCGAGAUCCGUAAGGCCAGCGUGAUGAGCGAGGAAGAGCUAUACGCGUACGCAAAAGAUAUCCAGGCGCCAUUCCAUUUGUUGAAGGAGACAGCGCGUCUGAAACGCUUGCCUGUUGUGAACUUCGCCGCCGGCGGUCUCGCAACUCCUGCCGACGCUGCGCUCAUGAUGCAGCUAGGAUGCGACGGAGUUUUCGUCGGGUCUGGCAUUUUCCAUUCUGGAGAUCCUGCUAAGCGUGCGCGCGCGAUCGUUCAAGCUGUGACUCAUUAUAACAAUCCAAAAAUUCUCUCCGAGAUAUCGGAAGACCUGGGAGAUGCCAUGGUUGGGCUGACAAUAGUCAAUUCAGAUCGCAAAAACAACAUGUCGACGUACAAGCCCGAAGACGAGCUCAAGUCAUUCGUUUCUGAAGACCCAAAUUCGAAGUAUACCUUCGACAGUGAGCGCGAUGCCUCACAAUCCGAAAUAUGUCGAGAGGAGAAGAAGGGGCUGAAAUGCAUUACGCUGGCGAUGCACUCGAAGCAGAUGUUCGUCGCCAUGCAAGUACGUCCAUUUUGGCUUCCUUAG